AUGAUUUCAGCAGCUGACCUUGGUGCACUCUACACACAGAUUGAGUCCGUCUUCCGAGCCAUCGGCUCUGCCCUCAUGGCCAUCGUCCAUGCCAUCGGCGCCAUCAUCAUGGCCAUCGUUAACGGCGUCAUCGCUGUCUUUGACACGAUUAUUGGCUGCCUGACUUGCCACCGCAUGGGAGGCAGACGGCGUACCACAGGACGCCACCACCGGCACACGACGAGUACUAUCUGA